CUUUUCCCAUUACCCGAUGAGUUUUCGGCAGAAAAACUGCCUGUGAAUAUUUUCUUGGCUCGCUUCCGUGGAACUCAUUUCGUGUACAAGGACAAGUUCGAUGAAAUAAUUGAGGGAUUGUGUCAGCCGAACAAGGAUGAAGGAUUAGUGGCAUUCGUAACUUGUGCAGUUUACGGUCCAGCACCGGAUGGUCUUAUCAUAAUUGAUGCAACCAUGCCGCAUGGUGGCUGGGUGAGCUCCGUUCUGGUCAGAUCGGGAAUCGUCGCAGCACUAGCUGGAGACCCUAACAUUGAAGUGCUUUCCAACAGCGUCAUCCGUGAGGAAGUGUCAGAUGAUCAGAAGAACGAGGGCAUUGAUAGCGGAGGAGAAAUAGUUGAAUCUGUAACGUCCGAAUGUGAUGUUCCUGUGAAAGAAACAGCAGAACCUGAUGAAACGUCUGAGAAAGAGUCGAAAUACGAUAAACAUUAUAAAGCCAGUGGAAAUGGCAAGGUUGGCGAAAUUCUUGACCCGGAUGAGGCACUGAUGCUAGCAAAAAAGCAGGAG